AUGGUCCGACAGGCACGUGGCGUAUUUGAACGCAACCUCGAAUCGCAGGCAAAAUCUAACCCAAAAAGAUUUUAUGCACAUGUUCAACGAAACAAACGACUGUAUAAUCGAGUGGUUGCACUGAGAGAUGUCGAAGGAAAUAUUGUUACAGACUCCACCUCCCAAAGUUUACUCUUUGCUGUCAUGUUCUCUUCUAUCUACCGAAUAGAUGAUGGGCGUGAGACAUUGAUAUCAGGCAGGCAAAUCGAACCGAUGCCUCCAGUCACCAUCUCAUCUCAUGCAGUCUAUAUUGUCCCUUCAAAACUUCAUCAAGACAAAAGCGUCAGCUCAGAUAGUGUCCAUCCAGCUGUUUUACGUGUCCUAGCACGUAUCCUGGCGGCUCCUCUGGCAUCUCUUUUCAAUCUUUCACUUGAGCAAGGAAAUGUACCGGAAGACUGGUGGAAAGCGACCGUAUGUCCAAUAUUCAAAAAGGGCAGUAAUUAUCGACUGGUCAGUCUGACAUCCAUCCUCUGCAAAGUCAUGGAGACCAUCGUCAAGAAAUCUCUCAUGAAUCAUAUUCUUACUUCAAAUGCUAUACCCGACUCGCAGCAUGGAUUUCUACCCCGAAGAUUUUGUCUAACAAAUCUUGAAGAGUGGAUUACAAGGACCAUGGAUGAAAAAGACUCGGUGGACGUGGUAUUUUUGGACUUCACAAAAGUGUUUGACUCCGUUAAUCACCGACUGCUCUUGCGCAAACUUCAAGCAUACAAGAUUCAACCAUUGGUGACUUCGUGGAUUUCUUCCUUCCUGAGCCAUCGAACCUUUCGAGUGUAG